AUGGAAAAAGUUUACUCUACUAACCACGAGAAUGUUAAUUUUCCGGAGACGUUUUCUGAUUUAGAAAGCUAUUUGAAUAACAUCAUUAAACUCAACUAUAAGAAUAUCAGAGAAGAAUAUUCAGUCGAUAAAAAUGUGUCAUUAGUGUCUAGUUUGCGCGAGUUAUACACACAGACAAACGACUCGCUUAGCAUUUUGAAACAAUUCAAUGACCGACUCUGGGAUCGGUAUCUAGCAGUAAAAAAACAGGCGUCCGACCAACAACACGAGCUAAGCGAAAUAUUCGAAAAACACAUUGUUCUAACCCGCCAAGUUGCCGAGUUAAACGAAAUGGUCGAACAACGACAAGAGCAAAGUAUAUUUCUUAAUAAAGAAAUAGAAUGUGCGGCAAAAAGUUCAGAAGUAGCAAAGGAUUGGGAGUUAUCGCUGAUAUUGGACAACAAAAAACAAGAGCACACACUAGACAAAUUAAUGUUCGAUCUGGAAAAGACCACGUUUAACGUUAAUCAGAAAUCGUUACUGCACGACUUAAAUGAAAUUAUCAAAAAAGAUUUGGAAAAACAAGUCGGAUCGCAAAAUAUAUUAGUUAAAUUAGAAACUGAAAAACUAUCUGCCUUUCAGCGAGGAACUGAAGAAAAACUAGCAUUAUUUGUCGAUAAACUAGACAUGGCCGAGGCCAAAACUAAUACAUUACAUUGCGAUGUGAUUAAUACUGAAAAACUAUCUAAAAUAAAACUUGACAUCCAAGAGUCGGAAAAGACUUUAAACGAGCUAAUAAAAAAUAAAAACGAGCAAGAUAUUAUCAUAGAAGAGAACAUAGCCAAACUCAAAAAAGACAAAGACGUCAUGCUUUAUACGUGCGAUACCUAUGAAAAAAAUCUGAAAACACAAGAAACGAAAUUCAUUACUGAUAUUUAUAAAACCAAACUUAUCAACGAGAAACAGUUUUUGGAAAUGAAACUCCUAGGAAAACAACAGCGGUGUAAAAUAAUAGCUAAUAAACUACAUAAGAUUGAAGAUAUGCAAACUAAAGUAAGUCAAAAUGAUUACAUGACAAAAACAUCGAAUGAUACAAUUUCAGACAUCAGAACAGGGUGUGGUGGUGAUACAGAAAAGAGAUAA